CAUCAGGAAGGGAUUUGCAUAUUUGGGGCUGUAGUUUUACCGCAGCUGCCUGCCAUGGAGGCUGGCGUAUUAAACCACCAUUUAUUGUACUUUCCCGCCACGUGUGGUCGACGAAUUUACCGAAACAGCGAUUCGUGUCGCCGGUGAGCCAUUUUGGACUGUCUGGAAUAACCGAACAUUAUAAGAAUACAGUGACAAGAACCGACAUUUUUCUUUUUUCCUCCUCCAAGAACCUCCUGCAUCAGGAUGAAGCGCCGAACCGAUGCUCCUCAGGACCGGGGCUGGUUAGUGGGAAUCAUUUUCUUCAUUCUGGGACUGGGAACGCUGCUGCCAUGGAACUUCUUCAUGACUGCUUCACUGUAUUUCCAAGGUCGCCUAAACACAACAGAAUGGAGCAACGGCACAGUGGUGGUCCGCAAAGAGUACUACUUCAACAACUGGAUGACGCUGCUGUCCCAGCUGCCCCUGCUGCUGUUCACCCUGCUCAACUCCUUCCUGUACCAGAGGAUAUCGGAGGCAGUGCGUAUCGCCGGCAGCCUCGUCUUCGUCCUGCUGCUCUUCAUCAUCACGGCAGCGCUGGUCAAAGUGCCCAUGGAGCAGGACCGCUUCUUCUCCGUCACCAUGGCUACUAUCUGGUUCAUUAACUCGUUCGGAGCCGUGCUGCAGGGCAGUCUGUUCGGCCUGGUGGGGCUGCUGCCUCAGAAGUACAGCGCCAUCUUCAUGAGCGGCCAGGGCCUCGCCGGGACCUUCGCUGCCAUCGCCAUGCUGCUCGCCAUCGCCAGUGAUGCAGACUCCGAGUCGGCAGCUCUGGGUUACUUCAUCACACCCUGCGUGGGGACGUUGGUGACGCUCUUCAGCUACCUGCUGCUGCCACGCCUGGAGUUUGCUCAGUAUUAUCUGAACAAAAGCAGCAAGUACGAGGCGGACACCACGGACGAGCUGCUGAAAGAGAGAAGCUCGGUGGAAAACGGGAAGCUGAACGGCCACGCUAACGGGUCGGUGACCGGCGGUUCGGCAAAGGACGGCGGUGUGGUGGAGACCGAGGUGGAUCCCGAUCAGGACGGGAACAAGCAGGCCUUCCUGUCUCAGGAGCCGGAGGAGAGUCAACAAGCCUCGGUCAUAGAGGUGUUUAAAAAGAUCUGGGUGAUGGCGUUCUGUGUGACGUUCGUGUUCACCGUCACUCUGUCCGUGUUCCCCGCCGUCACUGUAGACGUCAAAACAUCGUUCCCAGGAAAAUGGGAGCGCUUCUUUAUCUCGGUGUGCUGCUUCUUGAUCUUCAACAUCAACGACUGGAUCGGUCGCACCGUCACCACGUUGAAACAGUGGCCUUCUAAGGAGUCCCGUCUGUUCCCGGCGCUGGUCGUCUCCAGGGUGGUUUUCAUCCCUCUGCUGAUGCUCUGCAACGUCCAGAGUCGCUCCUUCCUUCCCGUUUACUUUUCCCACGACGCUGCUUUCACCGUCAUCAUGACUCUCUUCUCUCUGUCCAGCGGCUACUUCGUCUGUCUGUCCAUGUCCUACGCACCACAGUUAGUGGAACCGAAGGACGCAGAGACGGCUGGAGCCCUGAUGACCUUCUUCCUGGCCCUGGGUCUGUCCAUAGGAGCCGCCCUGUCCUUCCCCCUCCGGGCUCUGGUCUAGAGACACAUACAGAGCUGCACAGACGCUUGAAUAAUCCCUCAAACACCUGAAGGAGGAAGCAUGAUAAUUAAUUUAUCAUCCGUCUGCUCCUUCUGUACGAUCUUCUUGUUUUUUUUCCCCUCAUCUUUCAGGUGGUUUCUGACGAGUUCGGGCCGUUUGGCUGUAGCAAACGGUUCAUGAAGUGGUCUCAAAGGACUGAUGAUAGGAAAUCCUUUAUGCUACUGGUUUUUAGACCAGCUUCUGACCUGAAGACAAAAGUUGGACUUUUUAUGUUGACUGUUUUACAUUUGUACUUUUAUUUAUGUUUAAUUUAGCUUUGUUUAUCCACUAGAUAAAGGGAAACUAUAGGAAGACUGACAUGAUUAGUUUCAUGUCUUCCUUGAUGUGAUUGAUUUUGCCACAAUUAAGCUUUGUUUACUCUGGUCGGCUUUUGAUAUGAGAUUUUUUUUUUUUUAAAUUUGGUUGAUGGCUUGAACGAAUGCUUUUGUUAGCUUGAUUACAUUAGUUAUUUUAGAUGUAUUUUUCUUGCAAACAUUUAGUAUUUUCUAAUGAAACUGCAGUAUGUUACAGAUGUAGAACAAAGAAAGACUUUGUGGUAAUGUUGUACUGUAACUUACAAAUGGUAGGUUAAUGACCUGCCUGAGGGACAAGAAAAGUGUCAGGGGACGGGGGCCCUGGGCCAGAGCCUCUGUUUAAAGUCACGUUUAACAUUUUAUGUUCAGAUAGAUGCAAAACUGCCACAAAGAGGCAGAAAACAACACUGAAAAAUGAACUACAAAGAGACACAAAGGAGUACUAGAAAGAAAUGCUGAAAUCACAAAUACGUACUGAAGAGAGAUGGGAACACACAAGUGUGAUACAAAACAAUGUGAGACACAAACCAGUACAGAGACUCAAAACAGCUAUGAAGAGUAUUGAAACAAUGGCAAAAAUACUUGGAAACAAUCACCUAGAGACUGAAAACAACUACAGACUCAAAACAACCUUAGAGACUCAAAACUACCACAUAAAGACUCAAAGUAACAAAGAUUCAAACCAACCACCAACAAUCCCAAAACAACAAAACCACUCAAGACUCAAAACUAACAUAAAGACUCAAAACUACAACAUAACGAGUCAAAGCUGCCAUGAGAAGACUCAAAACUACUACAGAAAGGCAUGAAAACUCAAACAAACAACAUACAGGCUCAAAACAAAGUCAUGAAGACUUAAAACUACCAGAGACUCAAAACUACUACAGAAAGGCUCAGAGCAACCACAAAUGGGUGCAAAACUCCCACAGAAACCUGAAACCUCAAAACUAAUUCUGAAAGACUGAAAACCAUCACAAACGCUGUAAACGACCACCAAGAGACUCCAAACAACAACAAAUGGGUACAAAAACCCACCAACAGGUACAAAGAAACCAGACUCAAGAGUCCAAACAUCCACCAAGAGACUGAAAACAGCCACAGAGACGUGCAAAUUGACUGCACUGUUUCCAGUGAAAGUGUCUUUUAUAGGUGGGAGUCUUGCUGCUAUGUAGCUUUACCUUUAACAUGUAUGUUUAGUGGUUGGUUGUCUCAUUAAUCGGUACAUUUAGUCUCUUAGUUACCUCUAUGGACCUACAGCACCAGCAAGUAGACUACUACUGCCAUCUGCUGGUCAAUAAAUGUCGUUUUUUUUUAAAACCUCAUGGUUAAACAUGCUGUGACAGUCAGAGGACGGUACUGGCAGGAUGUUUACUGCAAGUUCUCUUCUACUCUCUGGAGUCUGAACUCUUGACAUAGGAAGUGGUUUUACUUCGGUUUCUUGGGAUCUUUAACUGCAGUUUAAUGGUUGGACGAACCAACAGACUGACGCUUUUUGUUACAUUGAGCCAUUGAUGCACAAUCACAUGUGAAUAUUGGCGCAAUUGUGAAAAUACAGAUGUUUAUGUACUGUUAUACAGCUGUUGUUUUGGCCGUUUAACUGUGUCAGAUUGUUUUGGGUUUGUAUACAAUGUAGACCAAUGUGCCAUGCUGCAGUAACAACUUUUGCUUUUCUGAUUCUAAUACACACAUGUACACAAACAACCAUUAUAGCUCAAGAUCCACAAUCACCAUUAACUCAUAUAGGAAGUUCUGCAUUUAUUCUUUUUUAAAGUGUAUUUGUUUUCAGCUGAAUCUGUAAAUGAAGACUUUAAGGAUGUCCAGUUCAUGUAAAUAAGCUUCAAAACGAACCAAGGGCUGAGACUUGGAGGGAGCAAUUUUAAUGUUUUAUUUUUUAUUUAAAAGCGGGACCUCAUUUAUGCAACGCCACAAGGAGUUGUUGUCAUGGCAACUAUGGAUCACGCGUGGUCCUGAACUGAAAAGGUAGUCGACGCCGACUAAAAGUUGAACACUGCCGCUUUAUUCGGAAGCUAAAUUUCCCACAUUCAGUCGCUGCAGCAUCAGUAAAACGGAGUGUGUUCAUGUUGUAGUGACUUCAGGACCCUGAAACGCGAAACGGAUCAAAGAUAUGGACUUUUAAACGAUGAGAUUCUCAGGCUGGACGUACAGGAAGUAGCUGCAGGUGUAAUACGGUUUAAAAUGUCCAUGUUUUGUUGGGUUUAAUACAGAUCGUGGUGGUGUUGCCAGUCGUUUUUGGUGCGUCCAUCGCAACAUUUCACCCUGCUGUGUGUUUUUUUUUUUUUUUUUCCUCCAACCACGUCAUUACUGACUGAUCCAUGGCCGGUUCACUGCAGUAAAGGGAAUUCAUGCCUGUUUUAAUGUAUCUGUACAGACUGGGUGUAAAUAAAUGGAUGAACCAACUUUGUGUUUGACUAAAAAAAAAAAAAAGGGUGAUUUGUUUGACAGAUCCUCACCGGAGGCCAGAUUUGUUGUUGGUAAAUGUGGUCGCUUAGCAACACGGUCUUUUGUGUGGCUGUGAGAAAGAACAGGCGUGUACAGUUAGACAAAAGCGAGGCACUCAUCAUGGGAACGGGUGAAGCUCUGAGACAAAGUUUAGGUGUUGAUAUGAUUCAUGUUCUAAUAUAUCUGAAACUUUACUACAAUGCUCUACAUGUUUGCAAACAUUUAUUGUACAUUUUCCCUCCUAACUGUGACGAACGGCGCAACAUCCCAGAAUCCGAGGCAGGAAAAGAAGCAGCACGUGCAGCCAUGAUCAUUCCUCCUUCAGGGGACAAUAUGAUUAUAAUGGGACAGAUUUCCUGCAAGACCUCAUGCUGCAUUGCCCUUGAUACGAUUAUAAUGCGAUAUGUUGCAGUAUGCAAUCUGAUUAUAAUUAUACUGUGAUAUGUUCCAGAUAAUAUGAUUAUAUUGCGAUAUGUUGGCGACGAUGCAGUUAUAUUGCGAUAUAGGUUGCAGACAGUACGAUCAUAUCGCGAUAUGUUAGCAACAAUAUGAUUGCAAUGCGACAUAUUGACAACACUAUUCUAUUGCAUUAUCUUGGCGACAAUACGAUUGCAAUAUGUUGGCAACAAUGUAAUCAUAUUGCGAUGUUUUCUUUGUCUAUCCUGUUGUGUUAAAAGAACCAGAUGAGCUGGAUAAUCGCCAUGAAGUUUAAAGAACCUUUAUACAGCUGAUGUUUUUAAUGUUUUUUUGUAGAAGUGAGUCAGCAGGAAGCAGCACACAGAGCAUCCAUUUCUUCCCUGUAUUAUUUAUUGAAAACCCAGCAGUCGUCUUUAAUGCCUGUUGUGUCUGUACAGGCGGAGUCAGGAGAUGUGGUAAACUAAACUAGCUGUCAUUCAGUUGUCAAGAAAAUAAGUAAAAGGACAAAAAGACAAAAAAAAAAAAAAAAAAGAAA